AUGUCUAUUAUUGAUGAAAAUUUAAUUAUAGCAGAGUGGGCUGGUCCUAUGUGUUGUAAAAAAGUUUUAACUAUAGUUGUACUUUCGACUAACGUUGAAAUUAUUGAGAGAAUAUCAGACUCUCUGACUGAAAUGCAUUCUAAAGGCGAAUUCGAAUGGAAGCUUAUAAUACUUCGUUCGUUUAAUUUGGAAGAACUAGUAAGGCAAUCACAUUUAACUGGGAAAGUUGCAUUUGAUUUCGUAGUUCUUGCUAUGGACACGAGUAGAAUAUUUUGCAUCGAAUGGACAAAAAAAAUCUUGGGACAAGUACAUCCGGAUCUUAGAAAACGUCGUGUUGUACUAGUAAAUGCCACCGGAUUACCUGUAAAUGCGAUGGCAGUUAAUGCUUGUGACAUUAUAGCACUUACUACUGAGGAAAAAUUAGACAUGCUUAGUUUUAAUGUGUUCAAACAAAAGGAAGCAAUGUUAUUAGCGCGAAGAAUAAUGAGAUACAUGGAAGCGUCUAUUGACAAUAAAACCGGUAUUCCAAAUUUAAAUGUAAUUUGUGAUCAUAUCGUCAUUUAA